AUGACUGUAGAUACGCGGGGUGCCAAGCGACGGCGUUUGCUGGCGAGCCAGGGCAUCGCAGAACCGUCCGGAGGUGGCUCAGGGUCCUCGUCCUCCCACAGGGUGAAGUCCGAGACCAUCGUGGCAUGCCCAUCUCUCCGACCGGCCAAGGACCAUGUCAGUCUGGAUACGGGCAAGGCGGUCGCUCGUUUCGAUACGUUUCACCCGUUCCCGCGGUUGCCAGCGGAGCUACGUCUGCAAAUAUGGCGGGAUGUCGCCCAGGACGCCACGGAGCCCUUCCACCCCCUCCGCGUGCGCGUCUACCGUGGCACAGAGCGUGUCUACCGAUCUACCAACCGGCGUCUCUACUACGUGAGGCACGUCCCGCGGCUGGCCACGUUGCCGGACCUUGCGCUGGUCACGAGGAAGCGCCGCAGCCUGCUCUCGAUCAGCCGCGAGUGCCGCCAGGAGAUGAAGAAGCUGUGGGACUCCAAGGUCCAGCUGGAGCGCGGUAGGGUCCUGCGGUUCAGCUUCAAGUACGACGUGGUAUACCUGGACAUUGUGAACGCCGCCGUCAUUGACGACAUGCUCGAGCUCCGGCGCAAAGACGACCUGCCCGGGUUUGCGUCGGCGAUUGGCCACGUCGGUUUCGACAUGACGCCAAACGUGCCCCUCUGGAUGAUUACGAACCACGAGGACCUGGAGCCGCAGCUUCGCAUGCUGCUGUGCUUCCCGCGGCUGCACACCAUGUCGCUGGUUGCCUUUAGUGCCUUUGAGCCGGAGAUCAACUGGCUGUCCACGGCCGAUGCCAACUGGGUCUGGUCGCGGACACGCGGCCACCGUGUGUACCUGCGCGGCUUCCCCGCCUUGCCAGGCGUCACCUACGACGCCCUCAAAAGCACCGUCGGAAACCGGGCGCCGGCGCCUAUGCACAAGCACGACUGUGCGAUCUGCACGAUCCACAAGUGCGUAUACGUCAACGAGGUGCUCGGCGCCAGCCCCGCCCGCCAGGCACGGCUGCUGGCACGGUCUCAGCUCAGCCCCGGCGAUUUGCAGUUCCUCCGGAAUCUCAAGCACCAUACCCUCAUGGCGACAAAGCCGUACGUGGCGGGCCGGUUCCCCGCAUACCACAGCGGCACGCUACGCUGGUGGAAGAACCUGCCUGUGAUCCAGCCCCCGUCGUCCGACGAUAAUUCCGAUGACGAAGAGGACGACUGGGAGCACAACAGUGACGACGACGACGACGAGGGGGACGAUCCUAUGGCCGACGGCACCAUGGUGGGUGGCAUGUUUGUCGGCGGCAACCAGGACGACGACAGCGACGACUUUGACGAGGACGGCCACCACUUUCACCAUCACGGCGUCGAUGCCGAGGACGCCAGCGAUGCGGAUUGA